AUAUAUUUUUCUAAUGAUGUAGAUUUAAAAUUGGGAACAGUUUUAUUAGGUAUUGCUUUUCAUUAUAAUUAAACCUAAACUGGAUAGCGUUUCAUUUUCAGCACAUGAUGCUGUCGCUCAAGCUCUGACGCAAUCUUCUCGGAAAUACGUCAUCACACUACGCUUUCAAUCGCUUGUGCUAGCUGCACUUUAAAGUAACCGGUGAAUCAUUAUAAUUUAUCUUUCCGCAAAGUAUCCUUUUUUCUAAAAAAAAAAAAAUCCAGCCAUGGCGAUGCAAGCAGCUAAACGAGCGAAUAUUCGUUUACCUCCAGAGGUGAACAGGAUAUUGUACAUACGUAACCUUCCCUACAAGAUUACAGCAGAGGAAAUGUAUGACAUCUUUGGGAAGUAUGGGCCAAUUCGUCAAAUCAGAGUUGGAAACACACCAGAGACAAGAGGAACUGCUUAUGUUGUAUAUGAAGAUAUCUUUGAUGCCAAAAAUGCCUGCGACCAUCUUUCUGGAUUCAACGUCUGCAACAGAUACUUGGUUGUAUUGUACUAUAACGCAAAUAGGGCUUUCCAAAAAAUGGACACAAAGAAAAAGGAGGAGCAGCUGAAACUUCUCAAAGAGAAAUAUGGAAUAAACACAGACCCACCAAAAUAAUCAACAUACCUAUUUUUAUUAUUGCACCUUCCACCUUGAUAUUUCUACUUUAACCCUUUAAGAAAUUAUUGCUUUAAAAAUACCUUUUGAACAGUGCUCAUUACUUUACCCGAAGUCCUGUCAUAUAUAAUGACCUAAUUUAUUUUCUAUUCAUAUAGAAAUCAAGGAAUAUGCCAUUUGUUCAUAAAAGUUUGUAUUAAAUCAAUGAUUUUCUUUUUUUUUUUAUAACUGCUUGGUGUCUUAUUUGCAACCCUUUAUUGUACAGGUGUACUUAAUACACAGAUUCACAAUUCUAGGAUUGGAAUAAAAUCAAUUAAACAUUUUGUUUUAACGUACUAGUUUACAACAAACAAUGAAUUUACAAGUAA